ACCCGAGUAGUACAUUUAUCAGAAUUACAUAUUAAACAGUAUUUGUAGCAUAAUGUACUGAUAUCUAUUCAAAAUACACAGUCAGUUCACAUUCAAACAGACGGUCGGAAAUUUAAUAGAUUUAAUCCACCGUAGAUCUAAUUUCACAGAAAAGCAAUCCCAUAAUAUUGUUAUUGUAAUGAUGUCUGGGUAUAAGUUUGACCAUAAGUUCCGAGGUACGGCUCUAAUAAUCGGAAAUGAGUUUAAAGGCCAAGGUUUAAACGAGAGGAAGGGAUGUCUAAAAGACGUCGAGAUGGCGCAAGAGCUUUUUAAAAGACUGGACUUUAAUGUGACAUCAUUCAAGAACUUAUCUGCCGUCGAUAUGAAAAAGAAAAUGGAGAUAGCCAGCAAGUUCACAUACAACAACGAUUGUGACUGUUUUGUACUUGUAUUGAGUACACACGGGCACGAAGCAAAGGAAAUAGACCUAAAAAAAUCAAAUGAAGCGACUGUUUGGCGGCACCAAGUUUUAGCGGAGGAUAAUGUUCCUAUUUAUGUCGAUGAGAUAAUUGAUAUAUUCAAUGAUGAAAAUUCAGUAGGAUUAAAAGGAAAACCAAAGCUGUUUUUCAUACAGGCAUGCAAAUCAAGGGGAGAGAUAGGUAGUGCUGACACCUACGAUACAGGCGUUGACGUCAAUGUCGUUCAAGGGACAAAAAAUCCGUCCGUGAGAGAUCCAAACACGUUAAGAACAGAUCCGAGAGACUCGGCAAACAAUCUGUACGCUAUUGAUUUAACCGAUGCUGAAGACAUGUACAAAGAUUGGGAAAAAGAUCCGGACGCAUUACAACUGGGAGCAAUCUCUAGAAGUUCUGACCAAGCAACUGAUCAAGAUGCGGAAGGGGAAGUCACAGAAAUUGACACCGGAGGUAGUGGAGAUAGUGGACAGUUACCGCCGUCGCCAUUCGAUAUUGUACCUCUUAACUGUCCGGAUGAUUUUCUGAUAAUGUAUCCAGUGAUGUCAGGAAAAAUUGCAUUUCGGAAACCGAAAACCGGAUCCGACCUCAUCAAAUUUUUAAAAGAGAAGUUGAAUGAAGUUUUUAAUGGGUGUAACCUUUUACAGUACCUUACACAUGUAAGUCAUGAGAUUGCAGGGAAUAAACACAAAGAACUUAAACAAAUAUUAAAAACAAAUCUAAAAAAACAAAAGGAAGCAAGACGGACUCGUGAAUCAUUUGACCCGCUUGAGACAUUUAGAAAACAUUUAAAAGGGACUAUUAAGUAUUUGAGCAGCGAAGAGAAUCAUGAAAAGCUCGUUACAAUCAUUGGCGAGGAGCACAGGAGCCAGUUGAAAGGCGAUCCUUCAGUGGCGGAACCUUAUCUUCUUGGGGUGAUAGAUAAUCGGCUGACUAUGCAACAAAUGACUGAGAUUUUAAAAACAAUUUUACCAUUCAAGAUGACAGCAUGCAUUGUCCACAGGUUGACAGGCGUUGUGUACUUUAAGCCGAAGACAAAGAAGUCCAUGAUGGGCAUACUCUGGAAAAAAAGUUUACCAAAGGAAACAAUCGUUAAAAAGAAAUGACAUUUGUGUGCAUGAUGUCAUUCAAGCGGUGGUUUAAAUAAUGAAGAUAUAUAUUUUCUUUGUCACAUAGCAAUUAAGUUAUGGGAAGAUAUGAUUGCUGUUUAUGUUGUUUAUUUUUAGUCGUUUAUAUGUUGUUGUGUUUCUUAAAUGACUCAUUUUCUUAUUAAUUUUUUAUAGCAUGACGCUCUCAAUCUGUCCGUCUGUCUGAACAACAACUCAUUUCAUAAACAAGCCCUUUAUUUGUUGUUGUGUAUUUCAAUGACUCAUUGACUUGUUAAUAUUUUCUCAUGUUUUUUAUAAAGGCCGAAGACCUUCAGGACGUUUUAUAACAUGACGCUGUCAGUUUCACAAUCAAGGUGAAAUAAAUACGUUAACUCCACUGUUCGGAGAUAAAAUGUGGACACAUUGUAAUGACCGUCUCAUCGGCGUUGGCGUGACCGUUGGUUUUACCUUUUUGUUAAGUUCUAUUUUCUCUGAAACUAUAAAAGAUAAAAGGAUGCUUCUAUUCAACUAAAACUUAGUGGAAAUGUUUAUUGUCAUGAAAGGGUACCAUUUCAAAGGUUAUACCUCCUUUUCAAUUAAGAUUUUGAGCCCUGGUUAACCUUUUUGACAUGACUUUUGAAGUUUUGUUGUUUCAUUUGUUAGAGGCCAGCGGUCCAUAAUUAUAUAUAAUACACGUGUGAACAAAAUGUUUAUGAGAGAGGAAAUCGGAAUUACAAGUUUCUUGUUAAGGUACAUUCCUUAAAUAGUAUCAAAUAUAUUUAAUGAAAACUUGAAGUACAUGUCAAUUAUCAAUUUGAAAUGCAAUUGUUGGGGGAGAUACUCCUUUAAGCCCUUUUUGCUCUAUAAUUUCCUUAAGUUUGUUUGAUUUAGAAAAUUUGCCCUUUUCUUAAAAAACGUUUAAGGCAUUCACUUUAAGCUUGAAGUAUUUGUUUAUACUUUCAAGGACAAGCAAGUCUCUGAUAAGCAUGUUUACAGAGUUAUGUCCCAUUUUCUAUGUUGCUUUAUUUUUACCAUCCAGCACUAAGGAAAGUGGAGCGCGCUGUGCGCGGACAGGCCUUGUUAAAACUAAACAGAAAAACUAAAAAAAGUGUGUGUAAGGUUUUCAGAUUUAUACUUGAUUUCUAUACAUGUAUGUGUAAAUCUUCAAGCUUUAUAUACAUGAAUAAGGAACGAUUCCAAAACAUAUUUAAUCAAGAUGAUUUUUUCAAAUAUAAGAUUUUUUGUUUAUUUUUCAUAUCCUUUGUUUUUAUUGUAAAAUAAACAUUUUUAGUAUAAGACUUUAAUGUACUUGCAAGUUACUCAAAUACGCAAAAUAUUUGUAUAUUACCAUGUAUUAGCCCCUGAUUCACAUCAAAUGUACAUGAUACUAAUUGCAAGAGGUUUUUUUUGUAUUGAAACUAUUUUAUCUUAAAUAUAUUAUUUCUUUUG